CAGCGACGAAUAUUACGAAGAUAACCAGCGCCCUCAGAUACGGAGAAGCGCUGAUCCUAGGUCUCCAGAAAUCCCUUCGACAGCUGUGAGCACAGCUCGGAUUUCUCAACAUCAUCACUCGAGCAUUGAGGCCUACGUUAUCAAUUGAGUGCUGGUGACUCACCUUCCGCUAACAAAGAAACCACGAGCGUGCAGCGCCAGCGAAGGCAGCAUGCCUCCCAAGAUUCACCUUGUUCGCCAUGCACAGGGCGAGCACAAUGUGAUCCGUGACUACACCAUUCGCGAUGCUGUCCUGACCGACAAAGGCAAAGGACAAUGUCGCGAUCUGAAAUCUGUAUUCCAACACCAUAACGACAUAGAUAUUGUGAUCGCGUCACCCCUUCGCCGUACUAUACAGACUGCGGCUUUAUGUUUCGGGCCAACCCUAGCACGAGCAGAGGUUCCGUUCAUACUGCUGCCAUCACUACAAGAAGUCACCGAUAAAGGAUGUGACACUGGUCUGGCAGAUUCUGCCGCCGAUUUCCCACAAAUCCUUGCUGGGCUGUUUUUAGAAGGAGAACUAGAAUUCGAUUUGGACAAGAUUGAUGCUUCGGCGGUCUCUAAGGGAUGGAACGGCAAAAAAGGCUACUGGGCGUAUGAAAAACAGACUAUUCUCAAACGAGCUCAGGAUUUGAGAAAUUGGUUGCUCCAACGUCCCGAAGAGCAGAUUCUUCUAGUCACGCACGGCGCAUUUGCGCACUUCCUAACCGAGGACUGGGAUGUCGCUGACCCAAUGAUAGGCACGGCGUACAAGAAUUGCGAACAUCGUGAGUUCAGAUUUACAACUGAAUCGACUGCCGAUAAUGCGCAUUUGCAAGAGCUCGAGGCAAGCAGGAGAAGAAGAGGUGUGCAGGAGAAAGAAUCUGACCCGCAUGUAUUGGAUGCAUUGAAGACUGUGGUAUAUAACACUAAGCAAUAAGUUAGCGAACGAGAGCAAAGUACGCACUGUGUCACACCGCUUUGACAACAGUGUGUAGUCUUGUGCCGUUAAUAGAACAUCGAGACAGUGUG